GCCGCCAGGAUGCCCCGGCCCGCGGGCCGCUCCGCCGCCAGCAGUCCCCGGCGGCCCGCGCUCGGUCCCGGGGCGCGGGCACCGCAGCCGGAGCCAGAGGCGGGAACGGCGAGCAGGAGCCCCGGGAGCCCCCAAACAGGCUGCUCGUGGUUCCUGGUGUCCCUGAGCCACCGUGUGUGAGGGCUGCUGCUCACGCCAAGGUCUGACUCCAAGGAGGAUGCCUCGGCCGCUUGCCAGCUCCUGUUUGCACCAUGAGUGAUGAGCGGCGACUGCCUGGCAGCGCGGUGGGCUGGUUGGCGUGUGGAGGCCUCUCCCUGCUGGCCAACGCCUGGGGCAUCCUCAGUGUGGGUGCCAAACAGAAGAAGUGGAAGCCACUGGAGUUCCUGCUGUGCACACUCGCAGCCACCCACAUGCUCAACGUGGCCGUGCCCAUCGCCACCUACGCCGUGGUGCAGCUGCGACGGCAGCGUCCUGACUAUGAGUGGAAUGAGGGCCUCUGCAAGGUCUUCGUGUCCACCUUCUACACCCUCACCCUGGCCACCUGCUUCUCCGUCACCUCCCUCUCCUAUCACCGCAUGUGGAUGGUCCGCUGGCCCGUCAACUACCGGCUGAGCAAUGCCAAGAAGCAGGCGGUGCACACAGUCAUGGGCAUCUGGAUGGUGUCCUUCAUCCUGUCGGCUCUGCCUGCUGUCGGCUGGCACGACACAAGUGAACGCUUCUAUACCCACGGCUGCCGCUUCAUUGUGGCUGAGAUUGGCCUGGGCUUCGGUGUCUGCUUCUUGCUGCUAGUAGGCGGCAGCGUGGCCAUGGGGGUGGUCUGCACAGCCAUUGCCCUGUUCCAGACGCUGGUGGUGCAGGUGGGACGCCAGGCUGACCGUCAGACCUUCACUGUGCCCACCAUUGUGGUGGAGGAUGCACAGGGCAAGCGCCGCUCUUCCAUCGAUGGCUCAGAGCCUGCCAGAACCUCGCUGCAGAUCACAGGCCUGGUGGCCACCAUCGUGGUCAUCUAUGACUGCCUCAUGGGCUUCCCUGUACUGGUGGUGAGCUUCAGCAGCCUGCGGGCCGAUGCCUCGGCACCCUGGAUGGUGCUCUGUGUGCUGUGGUGCUCUGUGGCCCAGGCCCUGCUGCUGCCUGUGUUCCUCUGGGCCUGUGACCGAUACCGGGCAGACCUCAAGGCUGUUUGGGAGAAGUGCAUGGCCCUCAUGGCCAACGAUGUGGACUCAGACGAUGAGAGCAGCCUGGAGGGCAGCGUCCCUCCAGACCUGGUGCUGGAGCGCUCCCUUGACUACAGCUAUGGAGGUGACUUUGUGGCCCUGGACAGGAUGGCCAAGUAUGAGCUCUCUGCCCUGGAGGAGGGUCUGCCUCAGCUCUACCCACUGCGGCCCUUGCAGGAGGACAAGAUGCAGUACCUCCAGAUAGCCAUCCGUGCUUGUUUCCUUGGCUUUGUGUUUGGCUGCGGUGUGCUGCUAAGUUUUAGCCAGUCUUCCUGGAAUCACUUUGGCUGGUAUGUGUGCUCACUGUCAUUAUUCCACUAUUCUGAAUACUUAGUGACAGCUGUCAAUAAUCCCAAAAGCCUGUCAUUGGAUUCCUUUCUUCUGAAUCACAGUCUGGAGUACACAGUGGCUGCUCUUUCUUCUUGGAUAGAAUUCACACUUGAAAAUAUCUUUUGGCCAGAACUGAAGCAGAUCACCUGGCUCAGCACCAUGGGGCUGCUGAUGGUGGUCUUUGGAGAGUGCCUGAGGAAGGCUGCCAUGUUCACAGCUGGCUCCAACUUCAACCACGUGGUGCAGAAUGAAAAGUCAGACACCCACACUCUGGUGACAAGUGGAGUGUAUGCAUGGUUCCGGCACCCUUCCUACGUGGGGUGGUUUUACUGGAGUAUUGGGACUCAGGUGAUGCUGUGUAACCCCAUCUGCGGUGUCGUUUAUGCCCUGACAGUGUGGCGAUUCUUCCGUGACCGGACAGAGGAAGAAGAAAUAUCACUGAUUCACUUCUUUGGAGAGGAGUACCUGGAGUAUAAAAAGAGGGUGCCCACAGGUCUGCCUUUCAUAAAGGGAGUCAAGGUGGAGCUAUGAUGGGCGGGGGCCUCGAGGGACCACGGGCCACUGGCCCCAUGUAGCCCAGGACAAAACUGCUUUCAGUUGGCCCCUGAGGAAUGAAUUUUCUUAAUCAUUUUGUAUGUCACUAAUUACUCUUCUGGAUGUCACCCCAAGACCAAAUGGUCAGAAGGCCUUAGGACCAAAGGACCCCCUGGAGCAAUCCGUUCUUUUGCUGAAUCAAGGCAGGACAUAGAUUAACAAUGAACAAGAAACAAACUACAGCAAUAUUCAUCCGUGCCCCUUCUCAAGUGCCCUGGUGAGAAUCCAGGCCACAGUCCGGUGCCCUGAGGCCAGAGUGUAUUUGCGUUGUCCCAGGUCUCCCCAGGAGAGGCGGAUGCUGCUGCUGCAGAGCUUCUGCCGCAGAAACAGUGGUGGGUGUGUCGCUGCUUAUCAGCAUUAAAAAAUGUGUUGAAAACCUUUAAUUUAACACAAACAACAGCACAGCUUUAACCUCUUUAUUCUGUCCUUAUGCAUGAACAUCUAUAUAAUUCUAAUGAUACUUCCUUAUAUGACACUUUGGCUCUUCAUACAUUUAAUCGUAUUUACAAGCUAUUUUUUAUAAAUAGCAGCAUAAAUUCAAAGGAGCUUACUUGGUAUUUCUAGUUCCAGCUUUGAUCUGGCAGCAAGUAGGCACAGCCCUCUCUGAUUUGGCUGUGUAGCAUUGUGUGACCUUGGGCACCCCAGGCCAAGGGACUGUGGGUCCUUGGGCUUUCCUGGAGUUUUGGUUCCUGCUCUCCUGCUAUGGUGACAGGCAAGUCAAAGAUGUGUUUAUUUUUCCCUUCUCCAAGAAGUGCUUACUGAAUGCCUGCUCUGUGUAAGGCAUCGUGAAACACUGAGAAAUACUGCUGUUUUAUUUGUGGUUUUAUUCUCAUUUUAAUAACUUGUAUUUUUGUGUUUCAAUGUAAAUCUGUGAAACUUUUUUUUUUUUCCUCUCAAAAUUACAUUUUUCCCUGUGCUGCGUCAGGCAAUCUUUUCUAAAAGGUUUUAGCAGCACCUACAACUGCAAAUUCAGGCAAAGCAAUUCAAAAAUCCUCUGUAAAGCAGAUCCUCACAAGUGAGGUUCAGUCAGCGUUUUUGUUUUGCAAGUCUGGGGAGAGCAGUUGGCUCUCUGAGUCAAGCCUCAAAGCCUUAAGAGGUGAGACCUUUGUCUAGUCCUGGACUGGACAGGAACUUGGUCUCCUUGUGAAAUCCUUCCUGGCAGUUUGUAGUGGUGCUAAUGAAGCACGAAUGUGAAGGUGGCAUUGGUGUGUGCCCAGAGCGCUGCUCGGUCACCACUAUGCCGCAUGGCUUUUGAGGAGCCACUGAACCCAUGCUCAGACUUCCCCAUCUGCAGAAUGGGGUCAAUACCACCUACCUCACAGGGGUGUUGUGAGGACUUAGAAGAACAAUGUUGAACAUUUUUAAUUCUUAGAGGGAUGACAUAAUGAAAUUAUACAGUGUGAGCUACGUGGAGAUGGAUUUGGUUAGCUGUGCACAUAACCUAAAGUGUGUGUUCAAAAGAGCAUUUUCCCAGCUCAGAAAUGUUACUUAUUUCUAGAUCUCAUGGCUUAAUUUUUUUGUUGUUAGGUAUACCAAAGAGGCUUAUGGGUUUGUCGAUUACCAGCAUGAUGCUUGCUGGUCUGAGAACCGCGGCCCUCACGGCAGGGUGUGAGGCAGGGCGUCUGGCAAGUCCACGGCUGCAGCAGCACUGAGUUCCUGUGGUGGGAACCAUGUCUGUCAGGGCACGGUACGCCUGCACUCAAUUCUGGGACCCUGAGUCAGGCCGUCAGCUUUUGCAGACCACACUUACCAGGACUACAGACUGACAAGGGUGUGGUUGGGUUUUUGGCAGCCAUCGCCAGCUUUUCAAGGGAAAGUUCUUUCUCACUGCAUUUAAGCAAGACUGGACCCAGCCUCCAUUCCCCUUAGGGGCCGCGAGGUUGUUUCUGAUGGAUGGAGAGCAGCUAAUGAUGGCCCCUGGUGUAUAGGUGGUAAGGCUGGGUGUUGGCAUUUGAUGUCAGCAUCCAUCUGCUGGAGGGCAGGAAGCCUGCCUCCUUGCCAGGCCCAGGAGCAAAGGAUCCUAGGUCUUGAGGUUCCACAGUGAUGCUGCCUCACACCACUGGAGGCUGACUACGUCCUAUUUUAAAGAGUAAUUUCUGUGGUAUGGGUAGUGAGAGGACUCCUACCCUCACUGUAAUCCCAGGCAGGAGACGGCCAUUGCUUAGGGAUGAAAGGUGAACUGUGAGUUGACCUUGCCUGCUGCUGUGAUCUGGAGAUUAUUUUUUCAAAUGUAGCAGUGACAGGCCUGUGGCAGAGAAUCAGGUCAAUGAGCAAAGGCUUUUCAGGUACUUGCUGUAAAGGCCAUGUUACCAGUUUCCUCACAUUGAGAAACUGUCAGAUUUCUUUGCAAGUUUGAAAGUGGAUAUUCUUAAAUGAAGAAUGGGUACUGCACAGAAAGAAAGCUUCUUUGAAACAGCAUAAAAUGAGAUCUGCAGGCUGCUGCUGAGCAGAGGAGAGUUGAAGUUGGUGAAGAGGUAGAAGGUGAGCCCCUGAGGCGUGUCCCUGGUGUCCCUCCUUGGCACGAGCUGCUUCUUAAGCCUAGAAAGUAUGCUUUAUUGAUGGCUCACUUACUUACCAACUGGGGAUUGGUAUGACAGGAAAACGUUCUUAGACCACUGAGCUGUGUCCGUGUCACUUGGUGAGGUCUCAGCCAGAGCUCCUUGGUCACAUCCUGCACAGGCACGGUGAGCCCCUGUUCCCUCUGCACUUUCUCACUGCCUUAGGUAGUUGCACCCACCCUAGUUUGCUUUCCUAGUGGCUCAGCAGGGCUAGAGACCUCAGCCUCUCUGAGUGGUGGGAAGCGCUUGCUCUGUGGCUGCUUGUCCUGGGCCUGGAAGAUCCCGCCAGCCUGAGGGAGGCAGCCCAUCCCGUCACAAGGAGAGGGACUUACAGAGUAAUUAUUCUACUCUUUUUACAUGCAGAAAUGUUUAUUUAAAUAUUUUCAAUUGGAUUUUCUUUCACAGAUACUGAUUAUUCUUUCCAAUUCUUAAAUAAAUAAAACUGUACUUGAUUUCA